AAAUAAAAUAAAGUUAGCCAAAUAAAUCCUUAUUUCACAUACCAAUUACCAAAUCUCUUUAGUAAUUCUUUUGUUUUGAUUUUUUCUUUUUUCUUUUUUAAUUUCCUAAAAACCUUUUUGCUCAUUCAUCCUUUUAUAAUUUACUCGUGAAAAAAUAUUUGUUUGCUUUUUUUGCCUUCUAAUUACUACAUUGUCAAGUCCUUGCUUUCUUAAAGAGAUUAUUUUAUAGUAAGCUACUAAAUUUACAUACAUUCAUCCUUUGCUUCCCUAACCAUGCCUACUAUUAGUAUUAUCCUAGACAACUUGGAGUCCAUACACUCUUUACUUGAUGUACCUAACACCCUUAGUGAACCCAAAAAGAGAUGGCGCUCGGCAUUUGUUUCCAUCUAUUAUUAUAGAGCCUUUCUAUCUCUUUUCAAGACUUCCCUAUCAAAGAAGAAAAAUACCAAGAUUUCACCCUCCCAAUCUUUCAUAAUUUUGGAUCUCAAUCAAGACAACAGGUUGAAAACUGAUCAAGCAAGUCUCACAAAAAUCGAUCAAAAAACUCUCACACAGCUUGUGAAAGAGAAAAAAAUUGAAAAGCUCCAAGUUAUUGGAGGCAUUGAUAGACUAGCAUCCGGUCUUAACACCAAUGUUGAAAGCGGGAUUCAAGGCAAUAUUGAAGACAUUGCUCACCGACACGAGGCUUUUGGCACAAACACGUACAAAAGACUGCCCACAAAGAGCUUCUUCCAUUUUGUAGUGGAAGCCUUCAAGGAUCUUACCAUUCUCAUCCUUCUAGGCUGUGCUGUUCUUUCUCUCGUUUUUGGCAUCAAAGAAAAUGGAAUAAAAGAAGGAUGGUAUGACGGUGGAAGCAUAUUUGUUGCUAUAUUUCUAGUCAUUGCUGUUUCCACCAUAAGUAACUUUCGGCAAAACAGACAAUUUGACAAGUUAUCCAAAGUCAGCAACGAUAUCCAAAUUGAAGUAGUAAGAGCUGGGAGGCGUCAACAGAUUUCAAUAUUUGAAAUUGUCGUUGGAGAUGUCAUUUGCUUAAAGAUUGGAGAUCAAGUUCCAGCAGAUGGACUAUUCUUAGACGGGCAUUCAUUGCAAGUGGACGAAUCUAGCAUGACAGGGGAAAGUGACCACGUAGACAUGAAUUGUAGUCAUCCAUUUUUGUUUUCUGGUACUAAGGUGGUUGAUGGCUACGCUAGGAUGCUUGUCACUUCAGUUGGGAUGAACACGACAUGGGGAGAGAUGAUGAGCUCAAUCAACCGCGAUACCAAUGAACAAACACCUUUACAAGUUCGGCUCAACAAGUUAACUUCAUCGAUAGGUAAGGUUGGUUUGGCAGUUGCUUUCCUAGUUCUUGUAGUCUUGUUGGUUCGAUACUUCACUGGGAAUACUACAGAUGAGAAUGGAAAUAAAGAGUUCAAUGGCAGCAGCACCAAGGUUGAUGACAUACUAAAUGCUGUGGUGGGAUUUGUAGCUGCUGCAGUUACUAUAGUCGUGGUCGCAAUUCCAGAAGGUUUGCCUUUGGCUGUGACACUUACGCUUGCUUAUUCCAUGAAAAGAAUGAUGGCUGAUCAGGCAAUGGUGCGAAAGCUCUCUGCUUGUGAGACCAUGGGCUCUGCCACCACCAUUUGUACUGACAAAACAGGCACCCUCACUCUGAAUAAAAUGAAGGUGACUAAGUUUUGGCUAGGGAAAGAAUCUUUUGCACCAGCUACUUACUCAUCAAUUGCUCCAUAUAUUCUUGAACUGCUACAAGAAGGAGUAGCUCUAAACACAACCGGUAGUGUUUACAGGCCUACUUCAGGGUCUGAAAUUGAGUUCUCAGGCAGUCCCACUGAACAAGCAAUUCUUUCAUGGGCUGUUCAGGAGCUAAACAUGGAAAUGGAACAAUUGACGCAAAGUCGUAAGAUUCUUUACGUUGAAGCAUUCAAUUCACAGAAGAAACGAAGCGGAGUCAUAACAAGGAGAAAGACAGACAAUACAAUCCACGUGCACUGGAAAGGAGCUGCAGAGAUGAUAUUGAAAAUGUGUUCAAGUUACUAUGAUGCUUCUGGAAUUAUGAAAGAUCUAGAUGAUAGUGAAAAGAUGAAAUUCGAACAAAGAAUUCAAGGUAUGGCAGCCAGCAGCCUCCGGUGCAUUGCUUUUGCACAUAAGCAAAUUUCAAAAGAAGAUCAAGAACAUAAUAUGGAGCAAAAGAAGAUAGAAGAAGAUGGUCUGACCCUAUUAGGACUGGUGGGUAUUAAGGACCCAUGUCGUCCAGGGGUAAAAAAGGCUGUGGAAGCUUGCCAAAAUGCAGGUGUGAACAUCAAAAUGAUCACUGGAGACAAUAUUUUCACAGCCAAAGCUAUUGCCACUGAAUGUGGAAUAUUGAGGUUUAAUCAAGACAUAAGUGGAAUAGUGGUAGAAGGCAUUGAAUUCAGAAACUACACACCAGAGGAGAGAAUGGAGAAAGUUGAUAAAAUUUGUGUGAUGGCAAGGUCAUCUCCCUUUGACAAGCUACUAAUGGUAGAAUGUUUGAAACAAAAAGGUCAUGUGGUUGCAGUCACUGGAGAUGGCACAAACGAUGCACCAGCAUUGAAAGAAGCUGAUGUGGGGCUUUCAAUGGGAAUUCAAGGCACUGAGGUGGCCAAGGAGAGCUCAGAUAUUGUCAUUUUGGAUGACAACUUUGCCUCCGUUGCCACAGUUUUAAGGUGGGGAAGAUGUGUGUACAACAACAUCCAAAAGUUCAUUCAGUUCCAACUCACCGUGAAUGUUGCUGCUCUUGUGAUCAACUUUGUGGUAGCUGUCUCAGCUGGUGAAGUCCCAUUAACAGCAGUUCAGUUAUUAUGGGUGAACCUAAUUAUGGACACAUUGGGUGCUCUAGCUCUUGCAACAGAGAAGCCCACCGAGGAGUUGAUGACGAAGCCACCAGUAGGUCGAACUGAACCACUUAUUACCAACAUAAUGUGGAGAAAUCUCUUAGCCCAAGCUUUGUAUCAGAUUAUCGUCCUCCUGACCUUGCAAUUCAAAGGUGAAUCAAUCUUUGGUGUGACUGAGAAGGUAAAUGACACGUUGAUCUUCAAUACUUUCGUCCUCUGUCAAGUGUUCAAUGAAUUCAAUGCAAGAAAGCUUGAGAAGAAGAAUGUGUUUAAAGGGAUACAUAAGAAUAAGUUGUUUUUGGGGAUCAUAGCCAUAACCAUAGUCCUUCAAGUGGUGAUGGUAGAAUUUUUGAAGAAGUUCGCAGGUACAGAAAGGUUGAAUUGGGGGCAAUGGGGUGAGUGCAUUGGAUUUGGAAUAGUAUCUUGGCCAAUUGGUUGGAUUGUGAAGUGGAUACCUGUUCCGAAAAGGCCAUUUCUAAGCUACCUAAACACGAAAUAGACACAAGAACUUCCAACCCCAUUUUCGUUCAUUGAUUGAUAUCUAAUUGCUUGUAAUUAUGUAUUGUACCUAGGUCACUGAAUAGAUGAUUUUUUUAUUAUUUUUUAGGAAGAUUGUGAGUGAUAUUUCAUUUGUUUGUAUAUGAUGUACUGUAUUUAGUUAGUAUAUGAUGAUGUAUUUCAAUUCAAAUAUAUGGAGAAUUUGAAUAA